CCCCUUUUCCUUUCUCCGUCUGUCAAACUCUUCUCUCUCUGUCUGCUUUAGCUCGCAAAUCUCUUCUCAGUCUCAAAAGCAUGGCUUCAACGAACCGGGUUAUCGUGUACGGUGGGAGAGGAGCUCUCGGCUCUGUGUGUGUUCAACAUUUUAAAUCCAAAGGAUGGUGGGUCGCGAACAUCGACAUGACGGCUAACGAGGAGGCCAACGAAAACGUGAUUGUGAAGGCGACUAACUGUUUAAACGAGCAAGCGGAACAGGUGAUGACAGAGGUGGGCCAAGUGUUGGGAGAACAGAAAGUGGAUGCUAUCUUAUGUGUUGCAGGAGGAUGGGCGGGAGGAAACUGUGCCUCCAAAGACUUAUUCAAAAACAUAGAUCUGGUGUGGAAACAGAGCGUGUGGACCUCGGCGAUCUCCAGCCAGCUCGCCGCUAAGCACCUAAAACCAGGCGGGCUGUUGACUUUGACCGGAGCCAAACCGGCUCUAAAAGGCACCGGAGGCAUGGUGGGUUACGGCAUGGCCAAAGCUGCCGUCCACCAGCUGUGUCAGAGUCUGGCCUGCAAAAACAGUGGCCUGCCAUCAGAAGCUUCUGCUGUGGCUAUUCUCCCGGUUACCUUGGAUACGCCGAUGAACAGGAAGUUCAUGCCUGAUGCCGAUGUCAGUUCUUGGACACCGCUGCUUUAUGUUGUAGAGUUGUUCUUCAGUUGGGCAAGCAGGGUGGACCGGCCUGCAUCAGGAACCCUGCUGCAGCUGGUGACCUCCGGCGGUCAAACUGAGGCAGUGGCGGCACUGUAGAGGACAGACCUGUGGAGAUGGUGAUGGUGGGGUUGGACAGGAAGAAAUAAUGAUGGAUGGAUGCAGAAAGGGAGGGUGAGGAAGAACAAGAUGGGGUGGGGGGAGGGGGGGGGGUUGAUGAAGAGAGAUGGUGACAUAGUAAAAUAAAGGAGGUUGAUAAUAUGAGGGCCAGCUAAGUCUUGUUUCAGAGGGGCAAUGAGGCAGGGCUUGGCAUGCAAGCAGCUGAUUCCAUCUAGUGGUGAAUGACUGUAAUAACAGACCUUAAGGUUCUUUUCCAUUUACCAAAACAUUUCUUCAACACUGAAGAUGAACAUUAGAUUUUGCUCCAGGUAGAUUUUAAGAACAUUGUUCAACAUUGAGGGACAUGAACUGUUUUGCAGACUUUUGCUGAUGACCCAAAGUUGUACUGUUGCUCUUAAAGCUGGUUAAAACAAUAACGAUACCUAAACACUUUAACUUGGUCCAGUUGUUGUUUUCUCCAUUAUAGUCUAAAUCAGGGG